GAAUAAUGAAUUGAUUUCUUCUAGAGAUACUUUUUUUUAACGGAAUUGCUAAAUACGCAAGCCCUUAUUCAAUUUGGAAAACGAAGAGGAACGCGGGAAUUAUUGAACGAUCAGUAGGACAGUAGGUUAUAUGCAUAGACCAAAACCAAAAUUUGGUUUGGUCUAUGGUUAUAUGUUUAAAAGGGGGAAGGCGGAAAGGGAUUGUUUAUUUCUUAAAAUUUGUGGAGAAUUAUUUUUGUGUGUAAUUAUUUAUUUAUGUGGAGAAAAUUAAUUUAUGGUGCCGUUUAAAGUAUCUGAAGUAUUCAAUUAUGGAGGUUCUUUCAGAUUUUCCAGAUAAAGAAAAUAUUAAUAUAUCACAGAAAACGGACCAGGAUUUUAAAAGUAUUGAUAAGGAAGAAAGAGCAGAGAGUAAUAAUUUAGAAAAUGUCACAAGUGCUUUUAAUAGUGAAAUUAAUACUAGAGAUUCACAAGAAAGUGCUACUACAGUACAUGUAAAUAAUAAGGCUUUGGAUACAUCAACAAACUUUUCUGAACAACCACAAAACAAUGUGUCCUUAGAAACUGAACUAUCUAGUCAAAUUGAUGUAAAUAAAGAUAAACCUUUGGUAAAUUCUGAUAAUGAAUCAUCAGGUGCUGAAGAUGAUAAUAAUACAGUACUCAAAAAGAAACAUAAUAACCAAUUAUUUGACUCAGAUUCUGAAGAUGAAAUAAGAGCUAAAUGUGAACCUAAUAAAAAUCAAAUUUCUGACAAUGAAGCAUCUGAGGGUGAGGAUGGUAUAAUAAAAAGUAAAUUGCUCAAAAGGAAGGGGAAAAAAGAGCUAUUUGACUCGGAAGAAUCUGAAGAUGAGGCUGUGAAUACUAAAAUAAUUAAUAAAUCUAACUCUAAGAAACACAUAACUGUUUCAGAUAAUGAAUCGUCAAGUUCUGAUUCUUCAGGUUCAUUAAAAAAUAAUGAAACGAGGAAAACUAAUUCCAAAGAUAAAGCAGCAAAACAGGGAAACACAAAAUCUUCAGCAAACAAAACAAGAAAACGUAUAACAUUACUUGAAAGUGAUUCUGAAAAUGAAUUACCAACUUCUCAAGAACAUUUAAUUGGCGAAUGUAGUAGCGAUAAACAAAUUAUGAAUAGAAUUACUGAUUCCGAUGAUAAAAAUAUAUUAGAGGAAAAUUUCAAACUUAAAAGUGCUAAUACUAAGCACAUAUCUAAGAAUGCUGAUCUUGAAAGUAGUGAUUCUGAGGUUGAACAAGUGACUCCUCAUAAUAAAAGCUUUUCUGAUGCCCCUAUUGAGGAAGCUCCUAUCUAUACUGUGAAUUAUAAAGGUGAAUUGAUUCUAGAGCAACCAGCUAGAAAGUCAAAUAAUUGGACAGCUCUCUGUGAUUCUGAAAGUUCAGCAGAUGAAGACAAUAAUGAAGAUAAACCAAAAAGUGACUUGGACAAUAGUAUGUCAGAUGAAGAUGUUAUUAAACCAGUCAAAUACAAGAAAAAAUCUAAGCCUAACGAGGAAGGAGAACCAAAAAAGAUGAGUGGCAAAGAAGCUGCAGAAUUGAGGAAAGAAAUACAGUCCGAAUCUCAAAGAAUGAAAAGGGAAUCAAAUAUAUCAUUGCCCUAUCACAGGCCAAAGUCAUUCACAUUGAAGGAAUUCUUAUCAAGAAGACCCAAACUGGCUUCUGCUGUCCCUUUGGCCGCUAAAACCCCACCAUCUGUGGCCAUUAAGAUGUCCAUGGAACAGUUGGAGGUUGUUUCUAAAAACCUGCAGAAGAGACACAAAGAAGUCGAAGAGUUUUAUAAAUCAGAUAGCGAAGAAGAGCCUGAGGAUGACAAAGAAGAUUCUGAUUAUGUCCCUCCACAGUCUGCACUGGAUCAGGGGUCUUGCAGCAAAGAAGAUUCAGAAAAAGUAACUGACAAAGACAACCUAGUGUCUGAAGGUUUUGAAAAUAAAGUUGUAGAAUGUAAUAAAGAUGAAGAAGUGAUAACUCCUAUGGAAGUUGAUGAUAGUGAAAAUGGAAAUAACGAAAAUCUUAUACAAACUAAGGAAACUGAGAAUAUUUGUAAUGAUCCUAAUGCCCAAUGUAUCUUAACUGAUGAUGUUUUGAACACUGAUAAUUCACAGGCUAGUAAUCUAGAUAAUACAACUGACAAAAUUAGCGAAAAAUUGGAAGAAAAUGAAAACUUGAAUAGUCCUGAUAAAGAUGAAAAUAAAGAAAAUAGUAUAUCUGACAAAACUCUUGAAGAAAAUUAUGAUAAGACUGAUGAAAAAUUAGUUGAGAACUUAAAGACUUUAGAUCAUCAGGCUUCGAUGGAGUAUGAAUUUAAUCUAGAUGAUAUGGAAGACAAUACAGAAAAUAUCAUCAAUGCAGGAGAUAAAGAAGUGCAACCGCAAAUAAGUGAAGCCUUAACCAAUGAUCAACAUACUGAAGAGCAGCGAAAAGCAUAUUUUGCAGAUUUAGAUAAAGAAAUCGAAAAUUUUGGCAUGGAGACUUCUACAAAGGAGCCAGAAAAACCCAAGUCGAAAUUAGAACUGUUGAAAGAACGAUUGGCUAACGUAAAGCCCCGUCUCAGUAACACCUCCAACAAUGUUAUUGAUUUAGACACAGUUGCUAAACCCACCGAAGUUACAAAACUUAUGGAAAGAUUUGCCAAACACACUGCCAAGAAGCAUAUCCAUAAAGACAAAGUUAAAUUGAAUGUGAUUAGUGUGGAGAGCGGAGGUGAGAUUCAUAAGGAAACUGUAGCUAUUCAUGUUGAUGAUGAGGAGGAUACAGCGAUUGAAGAAAAACCAGGUGUCAGACUGCAAAAGCUGAGAAACGAACUACAAUCCCAAAUAGCUCAGCAGAGGUACAAACAUUGGCAAAAUAAGAGCGGUAGAGAAGUCAAAAACGAUACUGAGGAUCCUUACAAAGAUGAAAAAUCGGAAUGUGGAGCGGACGAUGCUCUACUCGAUGAUGACGAGGAAGAAGAAAUGAGCGAGUCUAGUGAAGAUGAAAUCGGCGAUGAAGAUGAUGAGAUAGAAAAUGAAGUUGAAACUCAACAGAAGAAGUCUGCAUUUAUUGAUGAUGAAGCAGAUGAAAGUGACAUUGAAGAUGCUACUGCAACAGCAGCCGAUGAUGAUCCUCAAGAAGAUGAUGAUAUCUCCGAACAUAAUAGUAAUCUCGAAGGAGAGGAAGAACAAGAUGAAGAUGAAAAGUCGGACAAAGAAAAUGAAGAACCUAAUGAAGACCAAGAAAAAGAAACCAUACAAACUUCAAACGAUAAAGAAGAGGUAUCGCCGUUUAAAAAACCUCUGAGGAGAAUACUAAAAGCUUUCACUGAAGAUUCUGAUGAAGAUGAAGACGCCGAAUUAGCUUCUACUAUUAACAAUAUUUCUGAUAAAUUGAACAAAAGUAAUGAGGAUACCAAUUCAACACAGGAUGAUUAUAUCACGCCUUAUCAACCUCAAAAGCAGGAGACGCCAAUUCGGCAGAAUUUUAGAGAAAGGUGCAAUUCUGAUUUAAAAUUCUGUACUCCUGUUUCUUAUAUUACUGGACUACAAAAUUUGACGCAUUCAGCUUCGAAGUUACAAUCCCCAUUAAACGUACCAUCCCCCUUGAAGGAAGCAGACUGGCAUACUACAUUACAGAAGAAACUAUUCGCAGAUUCAGUAAUAACAGACUCUCAGGCUGAAGCUAUGGAUCAGUUAUGUUCUGACAAAUUUCCUGCCUCUUGGAUGUACAAGAGAAUUCAAAUGAAGAAGUGACUGAAGAUAACUCUGAACAGCAAAACGAUUCUGGAGAAAUGUCUUCAUCGACAGAACCGACCACCCAGGAUCUUUUGAAUGCCAGUUCGGGAGAUUGUCAGGAUCUGCCUUCCACGCAGGAUCUUUUGAAUAUAUGUUCAGGAAAAUUUACAGGAAUUUCGCAGGUAUUCAAUGUUGAACCUUCCAAAAAUUUAGUAACUCAUAAAUUGGACGCGAUUGACGAGGAUAAAAAUUUAGGAGAAGACCAAGACAUGAUUAUAUCUCAGCUAAUGAACGAAGAAGAGUUGGAGGCGUUCAAAAGAAAGUUUGAUUCUCCGGUGAUUACACAUUCUCAGAAAGUCAUUCAGUCUCCAAUGGAAGAAGAAAUAACUGCUACUGGUGGUGUAAUUGAUUCUGAUGAUGAUGACAACAUAUUAGAAGUGAAGAAGAGGAAGAAAAAUCAAAAGAAGCUUACAUUUUCAGAUGACGAAAGUUCAGAAGAUGAAAAAGAGGAGGAAGAGGAAAUCGAUUUACAUGAUGACAUUGAAGAGGAUGACGAUGACGCUCCUGCAGAUAUAAAUUAUGAUUCAGAAGAAAAUGAAGUGGAGUAUACCGAGGAAAAUGGAUCCAAACCUUUAAAAAUGGCCGAUUUCUUCGAGAACGAAGCCGAACUCUCUGAGUCAGAAUGGGGUAGUGCAGACGAAGACGAGAGAGACUUGGAUACACUGAGGUCGAAACUGGAGACGCCGAAAAAAUUGAUGAGAAGCAGAUGAAGGCUGAUCUGGAACGGAUACAUUUGAGGAGAAUGUUAGAUGAUGAUACACGAGAGGUAAAAUUACUUCAAGAAUUGUUACUCGAAGAUGGAGAGCUCCAAGGUAGCGGCAGAGAAAGGCAGUUCCGAUGGAAGAACAUCGAUUCUUUAGACAUGACAGAAGAAGAAAAGAAGAACAGCGACGAUGAAACCGGCGGCUUCGACGAAAACGAAAGCGAGGAAAUAUGGCGUCGAAAGCGCCACGAAAGGGAAAUGUUUUUAAAGGAAAAACAGUCUCAAGAGUUCGACGAUGACGACAUUGAUCUUCUGAGUGGAAGUGAAAUUUUAAAAAUUGGACAUAAAGUUUUACAGAGGAGUUUAAGUAAUUCACAGGGGAAUCAGGCUACUGAGAAGAGUAUUGCUAAUGAGAAUAGCCCUAUAGUUAAGACUACUUUCAGUUUAGUGCAUAAACGAGGUUCUUUUCUAAGUCGUGGCGAAGAGGUCUUGCAGCGGUUAGCAGAAUACAACAAAAUUUCGACUACAAGCGAGGUCAUUGCUCAGAAAGCCAAAAACUCGAAGAACUUUUUGUUUCAAACUGUAGAGGUUAGAGAAGCCACCGAAAAAUUGACUAUUUUUAACAAACGAAAAGCUGCAGAUGCUACUCCACGAGCUAUAAAGAAGUUAAGAUUGACUGAUAAUUUAAGUCCCGCAAUAAAGAGGAACAAGAAACCUGACAAACCAGACGUCAAGGCCAAACUGUUUGGUGUUUCCUAGCAGUUAUAUUUAUUUUUAUUAUUAGUAAGACAAAAAUAUUUAUACAGUCUGUAAUAUAUUUUAAUAUUUUGAUAAUCUU